UUCCGGGCGGGGCGCCACUUCCGGUUCCGGCGGCGGGCUACAAAGCUCUGCGCCGGAUAGUUGGUUUCCUUUUUUCGGAGUUGGUUUGAGGCUUCGAGUCGGCUCGCGAGGCGCCCCCGCCCCGUUCCCUCCACCCUCCGAGGUGGCAGCUGCGCAGGAGUCUGCAGCCUCCUUUUCCAGAGUUCCAGAAUGGAGACUGAAGGGUACCUAGAAACACAAAGAAAUAGAGAAGUCCAGAAUGAUAAAAUGAGGCCACCGUCAAAUGAGAUGAUGGCUGAGGAGCCAGAAGUUGUCCUAAUAUCGGCUCCCCAGGUCCAGGCUCCACGAGAGCCUUCUGGGCUUCCAGCAGAGAGCCUCGAUGAAGAUUCUCUUGAAGACCUUGAGACCAUGCCACGAAGGAAUCCUCCUAACGCGGCAGCCUCCAGGCAGAGGUUCCGGAAAUUCCGCUAUGAGGAUGCAGCUGGUCCCAGGGAUGUCCUGAGACAUCUCCAGGAGCUUGCUGGACAGUGGCUGAGACCCGAUAUUCACACAAAGGAGCAGAUUGUGGAGAUGCUGGUGCAGGAGCAGUUCCAGGCCGUCCUGCCGGAGGAGCUGAGAGCUCGGGCCCAGAGAUGUCAGCCUGGGGUCAGAAUCACUGGCUAAGUCCUGUCACAGGGUUCUUGCUCAGCCUACAUGUGAGAAGUAACCAAACGUUCUCUUUGUUGCAAGAGCCAACAACGGUCAUGGGGAAAUGUGAACCUCGGGUUUUUUUUUUAGCUUGCCUUUAACUAGUUGUAAUAAGAAUCCAUCAGAACCCAUGUUUGGACCUCUCUCUGGCUGAGGCAGCUCUAAUUCUGGGACUGAGCUCCAGAAAGAGCUUCUGUUAGGACCUUCGUGUUAGGACAAUCAGCCUGUUGCUUGUUUUUGCUCUGCUGAAUGCCUCCUUUUUUGCACUUUCUGACAUGCUUUAAUAUAUUGUUAUGUAUCCAAAGAGGUAAUUGCUUCAACUUUCAGAAUUCUUGAUUCUUGCGGUGGUGGCAUGAAUGGAAGCUUCUGUAACCCCACCGGUAACUCAGAUGUCCUUGAAAUAUUAAAGUUUGGUCCUUAAUCACAA